AUUCGUCUAUGGAGUUUACCAAGACGUGAAUGCCUUAGGACCCUAACAGCACAUUCUGGGUUUGUUCGUGGAUUAUGUGUAAAUUCUUUAGGAGACACAUUCAUCUCUGUAAGUUUUGAAUUUUUUUACAAAUGCAACUACCACAAACUGCACAACAAUUCCCAUAACAGGGGCGGAUCUAGGGGAAGGGUGCAGGGUGUGCGCACCCCCCCAUCCCUGAGAUGACCUGCGGUUUUCUAAUACAACUUGUAUUCUGCAAAAAAAAAAACUAUGUGGUUUAUUGGUGUUGAAGAAGAGCAAGAGACGAGUGCACCCCAUCCUAAAAAAACUCCUGGAUCCGCCCCUGCAUGAGACAAUAUUUUUAUCGCAGUUUGUUUAAAUUUCCUCCAUUUUUUCUUAAAAAUGAUUAAUUAAUUUUUAAGAUUGCAAAGUAUGAAUUAAUUGUUGGUCAUAGGCAAAAAGAUAGCAACAAUUGCUGCAUAUGUGAACAUACUUUAUUGUACAUUGUAUAUGCUUGUUUUAUUUUCUUCUAUCCUGGAAGGCAAGUUGCUCUUUAAUUCAAAGUGGUGCUUUUUAAAGUAGCAUAAUUUGUUAAAUGAAGUAAGAAUUUAACAGGCCCGUUGCAGUAUUUAUGAAACAAAUAGAAAAGAUCUCUAGUUAUCAGUUUGAGCUAUCACUGCUUUCAUGCAUUAUGCAUGCAUUUCUUGACUUUUGUAGUUACGGUACAUGUGAUAAAUCUGCACUCAAGUGCUCAAGAAUCAGAUUUUUAAAAAGUAAAAAGUAAAAAGGCUCUUAUUUGAAAACUUGUAACUAUGGUAGAAUCCUUAUUAUUGGAAUAACCUUGGGAAAAGCAGAUGGUUUUGAAUUAUCAGGUGGUGUGAAAAAUAGAGAGUAAUAUUACAGUGUUUGACUGGUGAAGUGACUUUAGGUUUUUUUCAAAUAAUUUGGAAUUUCAAAAAACUGAGGGUUCGAGAAAUCAGGAUUGUAUUGUAGUCUAGCUUGAUGUUUUUUUUUUUUUAUAAAUUGAGCCUACAUGGAAACAACAUCUAGCUAAGAGUGCUCAACAAGAUUUCUAGCUUCUUUCAGAACUGCAUAUAGCAACUUUAUAAUAUUAGGCUUGACAGAAGUCCAUGAGUGGCUUGAAGAGCACCUGCCACCUGUUGAAAGGAGGAUCCAAACUGGACUCACUCGAAUGGCUGGAAAUCCAGCCUAUAAUGCAACUGACUGUUUUAUUAUUUGAAUAAUUAUUUUGUAUCGUUAAAUUAAAGUGUGGUGAUUCCUAAAACUUGCAUCUAGAUUGGAGAUGACAAAGUUAUAAAACAGUGGAGCAUGGAGCAGAGUUUGAGUGCCAGUGCAUCCUCACCAGAUCCAGUAAAUACAAUCAUAGGCAAGGUAUGAUGAUUCAGUAGAGCUGUAGCCUGCGCCAGGGUCUCCAUCAGUGUGGACAAGCGAAAAAAUCUAGCAAGCAGGGUAAUAACGAAUGAACAAAAAAACAGCUUGAAACGAGAAGGGGAGAGCCUGUAAUCAUGACCUCAAUCCUGCCCUCUACCCUGCCCACUUCCUGAAAAGUAUUUCUAGUGUCAAAAUGUCAAAUGUCAAAACAUCCAAAGGUGCAGUGUAGGGUUUCACAUACUUGACAUACUUGUUAGACUCUGCACGAGCAAUCAUAUAUGACCAAUCAUCUGCCCAAAUGAGGUAUUGAACAAUUUUUAUAGGCUCAACUACUCCAUGUUUCCCUAACCUCCAUGCAGUUUUCACGCAACUUUUCCUGAUCUGCUUUCCUCACUUUUUUGGAGCCUGGAACAACAUAGUAAAGCUGGUGAAUAUUGAGAUUUACUGACUUUAAUGGGGUAACACGUUAUUACUUGUAAUGGAGUAGUUUAUGUGCAUUACUCAAUCACUUUCUUUGACUUGCUUUAAGAUGGACAUAAGGACAGCCAUCUCAAAUAUUUCAAGUUUAUGGGUCCUCAUUUCAUAGCCCAGUGGCUAGGACACAACAUGAUCCAUACCAUGUCUUGAAUGUCACACAUUUACAGGUCAGAAGUCAUUAUUUUCCUUUGUUUGACGGGUUUAAUACACUUUGUUUCUUUUCAUUUAUUAGAAUCUUUAUCAUGGUAUUGAUCAUCAUUGGAAGAGUGCCGUAUUUGCAACUUGCGGAGAACAAGUUGAUAUCUGGGAUGAACACAGAGCUGAGCCCGUGAGGAGCUUCACUUGGGGUGUGGACACCAUCCAUAGUGUCAAGUUUAACCCCAUAGAGGUAAAAACCAAAAUAACCAAUCCCAUUUGGUGGCUUAGCUCCUGGAUAGAGGAGGAUAUUUGACAAAAUUUGUUAAAUCUGUUCUCUGAUAGCAUGAUUGGAUUUUCAAGGCUAUGCUACAAUCCUGGCCCAAAGGUGUUGGGACACCUCCCCUUUUCACUUGGUUUUGUAUGGAAUUUGCAGCUAACCUGCGAUACACACUCAUAAACACGGCCUCAACAAGAUUUUUCCCCCACCCCCCCUAAACAAAGUUGAGGCCCAUAAAGUGUACAAGAUAUGUAAAAGGUGUUUGACUUGUAACACCCAACACUGUUCAGGGGGGGAGGGGGUUAACUUUAAUUACAUUUUCCUCACCUAAAACGCAAACGUGUUCGUCUGCUCUAGACCUGUGAAAUCCAGGGUGCCCAGCAUUGCUGUUGAUUUCUAUGAAAACAACCAGGAUCUAACUUUUCUAGUCGUCGGGGAGCAAAAGUUAGGCGCCAGGGGCCACCGGGUGCCGCUAGAGCCCAGCCUUGAAUUAGCUGAUGUUGAUUUGCCACGCACAACUUUAUGUUAAGGAGCAAUAGGCAAAACAAUAUAUGCAAUAAUUUAGCUCAGACGUCGUGGAGAAGCGAACGCAUCACCAUUGAUUUAGGAGUAUUCUGACAAAGCCAGCACCGUGGUAUUUGAGAACCGUUACCAUUUUUUUUCUCCAGACCCAUUUGCUCGCCAGCACGGCUUCCGAUCGCAGCAUUAUCCUUUAUGAUAUGCGCGGUUCGACCCCACUCCGUAAGGUUGUCAUGGAGAUGAGGAGCAACACAGUGGCCUGGAAUCCACUUGAGUCGUUCAUCUUCACAGCAGCCAAUGAGGAUUCGAAUCUGUACACGUUUGACAUUCGUCGUUUUAACCAACCAAUCAACGUGCACAUGGAUCAUGUUUCAGCUGUGCUGGACGUGGACUAUUCCCCCACGGGUCAGGAAUUUGUGACUGGAAGUUUUGAUAAAACGAUCAGGAUUUACAGUCGCGACAGUGGAAGAAGCAGGUAAGUCCAGAAGUGGUCAACAGAGCCCGGUUUUUAAAAGGGGAAUUAUGCUUUACCACCUCGCAAUUCACUAUCCACUGCUUAUGUAAGCCACAGAAACCAGUUCUUUUAUAAACUAGUUGGGCAAGGUCUUGCUGGUUUGGUUCUCGAGACUCUUUCAGUGCACUUACUGUUCGCGAGAGAUAUACUCCAAAAUGCAAGUGCCGGAACAUCUCUCACCUCAGACUGUCCCGCCCGCCGGGGGAGGUUUCGCGGAACGGUGGCGGUUGACGGUGACGGUACGAAUCUCGACCAAUAAACUAUACCUUAAUAAAUGGGUUGAUUCGUAGGUUUGAGUUUCUGGGAAGCUGCCCACCUACCCCUCUCCCAAGCUAACAUAAACACUUACUUCUUACUUAGGCAAAAUGAUGGCUUAGGGGAGGAGUAGGUGAGCAGUUUAAUAGAAAGCUAAAUUGAUCCGGGUAUUCCUGAAUAGGACUUUAGUGACAGUAACCGACGUUUCAACAACCUAUGCGGUAUUUGUCAUGCAAUAGAGGCAACGUGAGACACAACUAACUUUCAUUCUGAAUAUGACAGGUAAUCUAUUCACCACUACACACACUAGGAUGAUCGUAUCCCACCUACUCAAAACAUUACCUCGUUUCAAAACCGAUUGCUGGUUUUCAGUGUCACGCCAUUCAAAAUAGAUCAAAAUAAAAUAAAAACCGUUCAGUAGAUAUUCAGGUCUUACACCCUUUCUGGCAGCGGUUUAAAGCCGAGUCUCCUUAUAAAGCAUAUGCUCUAUAAGCUUCUUUGCAAAAUGGGUUUAAAUAUCUCUAAACAUACCUCCGCCCACGCUGGAGCCCAUCCGGAUGAGUACCAACAUGGCGGACGGAAACCAACAGAAACAUCUGUUACCGAGUUUUGCUACAAAAGCGUGAAUUUAUUCUUCGAAGAACUCAUAAAAAUUAAAGUAAAACUUUUUCUAAUACAUAAACUGUUUAGAUAGGAAGAGUCCCUGAAAUAAGUUAUUUUUUUUAAAACCUACAUGAUAGCUCUCUUGGCCGUCAUGUAAAUGCCGCGUCACGCAAAACCUUAGAAAUUCAGGCGUACUCUAUCACAAAACCAAGAACCCUUUUGAAGCGAAAAUUUGUAUGAAAAUUAGUUUUCAGCUGCUCUAAUACAUCGUGAGAGUAAAAUCUCGGUAGGAUCGAUAGUUUUGUAGUUUGAAUUUUAGUGACGUCAUGUGAAAACCAGCAAUAAACGGCCGGUAGUUUGGGCGUUCUCUAAAACUAAGCGGGUACGGUUGGUCAUAAAAUUGAAUGUUUUGAAAAAGACCCGAUUGUUGCAACUGAACGCUUGUCUUAUCCUUAGGGAGGUGUAUCACACACGAAGAAUGCAACGCGUGUUUUGUGUUCGAUUCAGUGCGGAUUCCACUUACGUCCUUUCAGGAAGCGAUGAAACAAAUAUCAGGUAAAGUGUUACUUGACGUUUUUUCCUUCUUUUUUUUCUUAAUGAGCUCAUCGUGAAAUGGUUUCUUUUAUCCUUUUCCUCCUAGAAUAUGGAAAGCUAAUGCUUCACAAAAACUGGGAGCGGUAAGUAGUUCAGUCCCUGUGCGAUUAGGAGCAGCCCCUCUUUUAAGAAGACACUCAAGACAUUUUAAUUCCAGAAAGCUUUUAUGUAAUUUUAUGCGCUUUUUAAACUCGUUUUUCAACAGCUUUUUACAAUUCAAGUCCCUAAGAAAUAUUUAUAAUUUUAGUGUUAGCACAUUUUUUUUAUUUUUUAAGCGCUGAUGAAAAUAGCGAAUAUUGAUUGAUAUCGGCGUUAUAUAAGAUUUAUUAUUAUUAUUAUUAUUAACCAACCUGUGCCAAUGAUAUGAAAUACUAAAGGGAAUAAAGGGAGAUAAAAAGAAUCAAACAUAAGCGGACACACAAAAAAUCUGUGCCCCGGAUGGGAUUCGAACCCACGACCCUCCGUGUUCUAGAUCGGAUGCUCUAACAAUUGAGCUACUGAGGAAUCGUUGGCAAGUUGAGCGAUUUUCUUUUAUUGGGGGUUCAGUGUAUUGACAUGAAACAUGUCGGUCAGAGUUAAACACAGACUGUCGAUACGUACUGCGCAUUGCGGAUUAUGGGAAUGAUACAGAUUUGAGAAGAACCUGGAGUUCUCCCUGUGGUACGCGGACCGCGUUUUACCCAUGACGUAUUGAAUAUUCUGGAGACAUAAGACGAGUAAUUACAAAUAUUCAAAGCAAAGGUCGUCAAAAUGGACCCUUAGAUAGGACUGCAAGUAUGUGUGCGAGUUUUUCUUCCUUUUUUGCUUCAGUUUGGCCAGUUUUAAAAAGGUUGUGAAUUUCGUCAGACAACUAAGAUAGUUCAUGACAUGUUUCUUGGAAGUAAACUGGUUACCGGUAAUUAAGAGUCCUUUUCUUUUUUUCAGCUUGCUCCACGGGAAAAAGCAACGUUUAACUACAAUGCCAAGCUUAAGGAAAGAUUCCAACAUCACCCUCAACUCAAGCGAAUUAAGAGGUAACUGCACACCCUUAUUUCUUAGAAUUGCUCAGAGCGCGACAAAGUGAAGGCCACACCAUUGGGACCUAAGCAACAACCACAGUGAAGGCAAAAAAAAGCGUUUUUAAUUGAGUGUAAUCGCAUUGCGUUUCAUCGCGAUUGUUCAUUCGUGCUGGAUUGAAUUUUCCCCCAUUCCACUCCAGUAAACACGAUCAGUUUCCUCCCGUUUUUUAAAAAAAGGGUUUAAAGGCUUGUUUGUAUUGAAAAGUGCACGUAACUUAUCCAGCUAGUUUACAGGCACUUCACUCAUAUACUUAGAUACAAAUAAUUCAAAUACAACAUAACAGGAUUAAAAACCUCAACUGGCAGGAGGCAACCCGUUGGCUAUUUACAAGCUUGGCCGAGGAUUUGAACUCGGGGAGACCGAGAAUACAAUACAAUACAAUACAAUACUGGUUUAUUCUUGAUGAUUAGCAAACAAAUCCAGCAAGCCCGUUNAUACAACAUAACAGGAUUAAAAACCUCAACUGGCAGGAGGCAACCCGUUGGCUAUUUACAAGCUUGGCCGAGGAUUUGAACUCGGGGAGACCGAGAAUACAAUACAAUACAAUACAAUACUGGUUUAUUCUUGAUGAUUAGCAAACAAAUCCAGCAAGCCCGUUUUAUUUCCGUGUUCGCACUUUCUUAAUUUCGCGAACUCGGAGCCUGGAACAGGUUAAGUAAACCAGACAAUGAAUCGAAGUCGAGGCUUCGAUGGACAAUUUCGUAUAAAUCACUAUAUUUUGUGAAGCGACCUUGCAGCAGAGUUGUCAUAAGACCUCACGGUAUUGUUUGGGAAAACAAUGAACAAACAAAGUUAACAAUGAAACCUCGCCCGAAAAAAAAAAAGAGCAACGACACAUAGGGUCCAAUUAAAUAAGAGGUUUUGAAGAGCUGCAAGGCUACUGAUUUUGUCACCCCAAGCUUGAGUUGGUGCCGUUGUUUACAGGAAUGCGGGAACAAUCUAAAGAGUUCCAAUAACUGAUUUCGGCCCGAAAAAUUUCCAGUGAUUUCAAGAAACGGGCCCCUGUACCCUCCUUCCCCUUUUAAUAGGAGCAUGAAACAACAACACCUUAUGUUAAAUGAAUACUUGUUACUUCGAAAGUUUAAAAAUUUGGGCGUUUAUUUUUCAGGCAUCGUCACGUCCCUAAGGCUGUGUUCAAAGCGGCCAAGGAGAAAAAGAUCAUACUGGCUUCAAGAAAGAGAAAGUAUGUAUUUGACUACUACAUG